AGUAGAAAUCCUAAAAGAGAGCACUGUGUGAGAUGAUUUAAGAGUCAGAAUAGAUGGAGUCCUUUUGGGGUGUUGUUGGGUGCAAGAGAGGCCAAUUAACACACAGGGCUCAGCAAAUGGAUCAGCACAAACCGCAGCAUAGCUCCCGACUGGUGUAGCUAGCUUUGCCAAUUAUUCCUUGCUUCCCAGCUGGGGCAAGCUGGUGAUUUAUUCUAGAAACAUGGAAGAGACUCCUGGAAUUGAAUGAGCUCUUGUGGCUGUGGCAGUAGCGAGGCUGAGCCUGUGAGACAGAUGCCUGGCACUGAACACUGAGUGUUAGUAUCCUGCUAGAGGAGACUGUUCUGCGAUGACCACAGCGAGGUACCGGCCCAAUUGGGAUCUCGCGCUCGACCCGCUGCUGUCCUGCAAGCUGUGCCUCGGGGAGUACCCAGCGGAGCAGAUGACAACCAUCGCCCAGUGCCAGUGUAUCUUCUGUACCCUGUGCCUGAAACAGUAUGUUGAGCUCUUGAUCAAAGAAGGAUUAGAAACUGCAAUUAGCUGCCCGGAUGCUGCCUGCCCUAAACAGGGCCACCUUCAGGAGAAUGAGAUUGAGUGUAUGGUUGCAGCAGAAAUUAUGCAAAGAUAUAAAAAGCUACAAUUUGAAAGAGAGGUGCUCUUUGACCCUUGCCGGACAUGGUGCCCAGCGUCCACCUGCCAAGCCGUGUGCCAACUCCAGGACAUUGGGCUGCAGACCCCCCAGCUGGUGCAGUGCAAAUCCUGCGACAUGGAAUUCUGCUCUGCUUGCAAAGCUCGCUGGCACCCUGGCCAAGGCUGCCCAGAGACCAUGCCAAUCACCUUCCUUCCCGGGGAGACCAGCUCCGCGUUCAAGAUGGAAGAGGGCGACGCACCCAUCAAGCGCUGCCCCAAGUGCAGGGUGUACAUCGAGCGGGAUGAGGGCUGCGCACAGAUGAUGUGUAAGAACUGCAAGCACGCCUUCUGCUGGUACUGCCUGGAGUCUCUGGACGAUGACUUCCUUUUGAUACAUUAUGACAAGGGGCCCUGCCGAAACAAGUUGGGCCACUCCCGAGCAUCAGUGAUCUGGCAUCGGACGCAGGUGGUGGGAAUUUUUGCUGGAUUUGGGCUCCUGCUCUUGGUGGCCUCCCCUUUCUUGCUCCUUGCCACACCUUUUGUACUUUGCUGCAAAUGUAAAUGCAGUAAAGGUGACGAUGAUCCAUUGCCCACCUAGAGGACAGUGUGAUGCUGGAACAGACCCCUGCCUCGGGACGUGUGGCUUCCCUAUCCCAC